ACAAGCUGUAAGGGUGGAAGGAUACACGACGGAGGAGCACGUCGCUAGCAGGUGCACGACGUAGAGGAACCACAAACACGAGCAGGUGAAGGUUCUAACACAUGGAGGUCACUGCUCUGACCGCGACCCCACAGUGACCUUCCGCUGAGCUGCAGGAGAGACGGUGAGAAGAGAGAAGAGAGAAAGUGGGUGCUUUCUGCUGACCUCCUUUCUCCAAAAGUAACUGCGACAUUUGCUAUAGAAGCCAUUCACUCUACUACCAACAAAAUGUCAGGUACCUACACACCGGCCCCUGGUGGGCCCUUCUCUGCUCUCACACCGAGCAUGUGGCCCCAGGACAUUUUGGCCAAGUACCAUCAAAAAGAGCACUCGGAACAGCCUGAACUCCAGUAUGAUGAGUUUGGCUUCAAAGUGGACACCGAAGACGACGGGAAGCCCAGGUCCUGGCUGGGCUCUGAAGGCUCCCCCCAGCGUGAAGACCCCCAGCAGCGGUUGCGCUGGCAAGCCCACCUGGAGUUCACCCACAACCACACGGUGGGUGACCUGACCUGGGAGCUCAUUGAUCCUGUCCUCGCCCGCUCUGAGCGUCUGCGCUCCCUGGUGCUGGGUGGCAUUCCACACAGCAUGAGGCCACAGCUAUGGAUGCGUCUGGCUGGAGCACUGCAGAAGAAGAGGACCUCUGAGAUCUCUUACAGAGAAAUCAUUAAGAACAGUUCCAAUGAUGACACCAGCUCAGCUAAACAGAUAGAGAAGGACCUGUUACGGACUAUGCCCACCAAUGUGUGUUUCUGCAGUAUGACCAGUGUUGGAGUCCCAAGGCUGAGACGGGUACUGAGAGGUCUGGCCUGGCUCUACCCAGACAUUGGGUACUGCCAGGGCACCGGAAUGGUGGUUUCCUGUCUGCUGCUCUUUCUUGAGGAGGAGGAUGUGCUUUGGAUGAUGUGUGCCCUGAUCGAAGACCUCCUCCCUCCAGCCUACUUCUCCUGCACUCUGCUGGGCGUCCAAACGGACCAAAGGGUUCUCCGCCAGCUCAUUGUUCAGUACCUGCCGGCCCUCGACCGUCUUCUGCAGGAGCACGACAUAGAGUUGUCGCUGAUCACACUGCAUUGGUUCCUGACAUCGUUUGCCAGUGUGGUGGACAUCCGUCUGCUCCUCAGGAUCUGGGACCUGCUCUUCUACCAGGGCUCACUGGUGCUCUUCCAGGUCACACUGGGCAUGCUCAAAAUCAAGGAGGAGGAGCUUGUGGCAUCGGAGAACUCUGCAUCCAUUUUUAACACUCUGUCGGACUUGCCAAGCCAGCUGAAAGAUGGGCCCGCGGUUCUCGGGGAGGCUAUGAGGCUAGCAGGGACUUUAUCCCAGGAAACACUGGAAGCCCACCGGCACAAGCACCAGGCCUACAUCCUAAACGAACAGGCGCAGCUCAACAAUGGAAAUAACACAACACUCAACACCAAUCUCAACAAGGUGGUGAGGAGACAGUCCCUGCGCAGGAAGUCCACCCUGAGCUCCCUGCUGUUUGGGGAGGAUGAGGCAGACGCACUAAAAUCCAAGAACAUUAAGCAGACGGAGUUGGUGGCAGCUUUGAGAGAGGCCAUAACCUGCACCGCAGAGCACUUCCACUGUCUGGACCCACGUCACUCCAGCACCGACCUGACCCCUGACUACUCCAUGGAGAGCCACCAGAGAGAUCAUGAAAACUUUCUUGUGGUGUCUCGCACCCGACGGAGACGGGCAAAGGCUUUGCUGGACUUUGAGCGUCAUGAUGACGAUGAACUUGGCUUCAGGAAGAAUGACAUCAUCACUAUCAUCUCACAGAAAGAUGAACACUGUUGGGUUGGAGAGCUCAAUGGCCUUAGAGGUUGGUUCCCAGCUAAAUUUGUGGAGAUCCUAGAUGAAAGAAGCAAAGAGUACUCAUUAGCAGGGGAUGACUCUGUGACGGAGGCGGUGACAGACCUGGCCAGAGGCACGCUGUGUCCGGCCCUAAAGGCCAUUUUCCAGCACGGUCUCAAGAAGCCAUCGAUACUUGGAGGUCCUUGUCAUCCUUGGUUAUUCAUAGAAGAGGCGGCCAGUAGAGAGGUUGAGAGGGACUUUAACUCUGUCUACUCCAGACUAGUGCUGUGUAAAACCUACAGGUUAGAUGAAGAUGGUAAAGUACUAACACCAGAGGAGCUGCUUUACAGAGCGGUGCAGUCAGUCAACAUGAGCCAUGACACAGCACACGCACAGAUGGACGUCAAGUUUAGGUCUCUUGCCUGCGUCGGCCUUAAUGAGCAGGUGCUGCACCUAUGGUUGGAGGUGUUGUGCUCCAGCAUGGCAGCUGUAGAAAAGUGGUAUCAUCCGUGGUCAUUCCUUCGCAGUCCUGGAUGGGUACAGAUCAAGUGUGAGCUCAGGGUGCUAUCAAAGUUUGCCUUCAGCCUCUCCCAAGAUUGUGAGCUACCCGACAAGAAAGAGGAGAAGGAGCAGAGACCGCUGAAAGAGGGAGUGCAGGACAUGUUAGUGAAACACCAUCUCUUCAGCUGGGACAUUGACGGCUAGACAUGCAGCAACAUAUGGCUGAAUCCUGCUCUGUCCUGCGUGUCUGUGUCUAGUAGAUGUCUCCUUAUCUUUUAUUCACAGAUUGUCAAUUAUAAAUCUGACACCAUUGUCUGCUACAGUAAGUGACUACUCUCUCAGACUCUAUCUGAUCACAUCACUGUCCAGCAUUGGACAAAGGUCGACCAGUUUGUACGUGCUGAAGCAUGUGUGCAUUAAGAUGCAUACUUUAUUUGAAUUCCGAACCAGUGUAGGAGGUUGCACUACAGUGAAAACUAUAUAUAUAUAUACACUAGUAUAACACUCUAGUACAGAAUAUUCUGUAUCCAUGGGAGUGUGACGUUCAGUCCAUUCUCUUGAAUCUGCUGUGUGUUUGUUAAAUACAGCAGCAGGUCGUCCUUAAGACAAACACUGGCUCUUUUAAAUGGUCCUAGACGCCACAUUUCCCUCUAAAUUCCCAGACGGUAAGACCAAAACAGAACAUUCCUAAACAUGGAGCUGUAAAGUUACAAAUUAUUUUUUAAGAGGAAUGCUAGUUACCUCAAUAUCAUUAAUUCCACAAAUAUAUUUAGUUAAAUACUAAUGUUGCACAUGCCGAGUAAAGCCUUUUUGAAUUGUGAUACGAGACUAUGGGUAUGUGUGCUACCUUAACAGUGGUGGUGAACGGUCCGCACUUGUGUGACAAAAUGUAGAUGAAGCAGACGAAUACUUUCAGUGUUUCAAUCUAUAGUAAAUAAAUGUUCCAUAUCAUGUGUAAUGUUUUUGUAUAUAAAGUCAAUAUAUUUUGUGUGAGACUAAAUGUGCCCUUUGCGGUUAAAUCAGUUAAACAUAGAUCAUUUAUCGUUCUUACUCCAAACACUGAUUUCCAAACUGACCUUUAGUUCUGACUCAAAGCUGCACAUUCAUAAGAAAACAGGGAAUUCUCAGUUUAUUUAUUCAAAUUGCUGACCAUUGUUGAUAAUGGUAGACUGUAAGUGGGGACUGGAAAAGGUUGAUGAGCUGAUUCACGAUGUGAAACAUGUUAUGUGCAUCACAAAAUAUAUAUACUUUUUUUGAAUUGUUUUUGGAUACUCUGCUGAUGGCAAAUAUUUAGUUGUAUUGGUUUUCAUUCCUGCCAAACUAAUUAGAUUUUGCAGAUGUCCCGCUUGAAAUUGUCCUGUAAUUUCAGUUGAGAAACUCUUUGGACUUCUUUGUGAACUGUAACUUCCCCAUGUGCAGAAAAAAACAAUCAACAUGUUUUUACACGAUCGUAGCGAUUGUAGCCUUUGUAAAUCACAUAGUGAUUAUCAAAAAUUUACAAUGGAAAUACAAAAUAUAUAUUCUAUAUAAGUUGACACUUUUCAUUUGUAACAUAUCGUUUGGAACUGAAACUUAAAUGAGUUAAAGUAUGUUGGAGAAAAAGAACACUAUAAACAUUGAAAACCCAUCUGUUCUCCUGUUAAAAUAUUAUUUUCACUCUUAACAGAUAAAAUACACAGCAUUUAAGAUUUUGAUUGUCAUUUGAGGAAAAAAGAAUCACAGUUGAAAAGUUCAGUAAAGCCUGUUUAUUAAUGGUCAGUUUUUAGAGUGUGUUGAAAAUGUCACGUUAACAGCAACGGGCCAUAACGCAUGGGGUACUAGAGUUACAAGUAGCACUGCAAGUACUGCAUGUCUUAUAAUCAUGAGCAACUAUUGGAGUGACAAGGUACUGUGCUGUAUUUGUUUGUAAUACCACUAACUGUAUACGGUUUGUAACAUGGCUGACUGACAGUGGAAGCAUGAUAGAUACUCAUGAAUCUAAAGAGUGCAAGUGGGAGCAGGUUGAAACUUUCUGCAUGUAUGCCAAAUAAAUAACU